AGAACGGCUGUCUUCGAGAAGUUUUUCAGUUCCAAUCAGGAAUUAACACCCGAGUUCAACAUGGCCCCUGCCAUAAACGCGACGGUCAGCACCCCUUUUGACUCCACCACGGUGGCGAACGGAACACUUAACACCACUGGAAGUACGAAUUCGGGUUGGGAAUACGUUAACACCACUCCCGUCACAAUUUGGAUCAACGGUGGCGGCUACGAUGGUCCAUACAUGUUCUUUUAUCCCAGCUAUGUCAUUUACAUUGUGCUGGUCUUCCUCUUCGUCAUCGCCUUUCCUCUGGCCAUGAUUAUGAGCGCCAAACGCAAGCGAGAGGCCAAUGCGCGGAAUCUCGCCCAGCAGAGACAACGAGCCCGUCGCCAAAUGGAGAUCAAUGUGACGAACAAUUGCAACGGCGGCUCCGGAGGAGUCGGAAACGUGUGCUCAAACAGCCAGGACGAAGUCAGUGUGUUGCCCAAGACCUUGGAUUUGCCGCCCACGUACGACGAGGCCGCUUUUAGCGAGCGAAAGCAGGACAGCACACUGACCAUAGCCACCACCUUGGAAGCGAGCAAUCCCAAUUUGGCGGUUGGAAUUAACGAACCACCGCCGGUUUACGAGGCGAAUGUGGCCACAACUACCACGUCCACCACCACCACAGUAUUUUUGGUCAACGGUCAACCACCGGUGGUGUAACUAAGCAUUGGGCUUCUGAGAAAAAGUAAAUUUAUUAUUAUUU